UGCGGGGGGAGGAGGGGGCGGGCUCCCAAUCCGGUUCCAUCCGGUUCUCCCACCGCCCCCGCCGCGGGUCCCAGCAGCUCGGGCGGCGGGAGGAGCGGUAGCGGCCAGGCAGCCCAGCUUCGUUAAGGCUCUCGGCGCGCCGCGGCCCGCAGGCACCCGGCACGCGCCCGCCCCGCCGCCACGAUGCCCAAGAGGAAGGUCAGCUCCGCCGAGGGGGCGGCGAAGGAGGAGCCCAAGAGGAGAUCGGCGAGGUUGUCAGCUAAACCGGCUCCUGCAAAAGUGGAAACGAAGCCAAAAAAGGCGGCAGGAAAGGAUAAAUCUUCCGACAAAAAAGUGCAAACAAAAGGGAAAAGGGGAGCAAAGGGAAAACAGGCUGAAGUGGCUAACCAAGAGACUAAAGAAGACUUACCUGCAGAAAAUGGAGAAACUAAAAAUGAGGAGAGCACAGCUUCUGAUGAAGCAGGAGAGAAAGAAGCCAAGUCUGAUUAAUAUCACACACCUGGUCCUAUCAGUGGUCCCUGUCUCCCUUCUUGUACAAUCCAGAGGAAUAUUUUUAUCAACUAUUUUGUAAAUGC